CACAUUUAAAGAUGAGCUACAAUUGACUCAUUCACUGACUCAAAAACAGCCUUACAAAUCCCCAAGAGCAAGUAUGGACCAAGUCAACAGGGAGGUGAAGCAUAUUAAGGACCACAGCUCCAUACACUUGUCCCAGGAAACAGUCAACAAGCUGAUCCACCAGUCUCAAGAGGCAAAGAAGCAAGCCUACAGUCCUUACAGCAAAUUCAGAGUGGGAGCUGCUCUCCUGACUCUUGACGGCCAUGUGUUUACAGGUUGCAAUGUGGAGAAUGCAUGUUACAACCUGGGUGUGUGUGCUGAAAGGAAUGCUAUCUCAAAGGCAGUGUCAGAAGGCUACAGAAGUUUCAAGGCCAUUGCAAUUUCCAGUGAUCUGAGUGACCAGUUCAUCUCCCCGUGUGGUGGCUGCAGACAGUUCAUGAGAGAGUUCGGGUCAAACUGGGAUGUGUACCUAUCAAAGCCUGACGGCUCGUACCUGAAGAUGGCUGUGAACAAGUUGCUGCCUGUCUCCUUUGGCCCUGAAGACCUGUCCAUGAAGAAAGUGUUUGACAUUCCUAAUGAGUACUGAGCCAGUAGUGUAGUACCACACACACACACACACACUCUCUCUCUCUCUCUCUCUUCUUGACCAUGACAUGACGUGUGUAAUGCACAUGCUGCUGAAAAUGUAGUUCUAUUUAAGAUAAAUAUUAUGUCCUGUAUCACUAGCUGAUUGUAAUCAAUGUCACAUAUUUAAAUUUACUCUAUGUAUAUUGUAAUUUUACUAAACACAACAUCAAGAUAAUUUCCAGACUGACAGAAAAUUCAUUGUGAUUUAAUUAGCGAUUCACCUACAUUAACAUAUUGAAUACUGUAUUGUUGUAGAUAUAUCUUUGUUUAAUGAAAGAUGAAGGAAAAUGAUAGGUCAAACUUAUCUACACAUUUCAAUAAAUUAACUGUUUUAAAAGGA